CGUCUGUUACAGUAGGCGUGGCUUGUAGCGCCGAAGCACCGAAGAGCUCGAAGACCGCCUAGGAUUCAUAGGAGCUUUAAAGCGGAGAAAUUGUGUCGCGACGCAUAUUCGAAAAAGUAAAGAGAGUCUUUGUUGCUGAAGUGUUCUAUGAGUAUGUGACGGAGUAGUGCAGCGUAAGGAGUGUUCUGAAAAAUAAGAGCCCCAGGCCCUGUGAAAUGCACUGCCAGAGUUAAAAUUAGAGCUGAGAAUUAUGGCGGGGAGAAGUCCACCAGUAUUGUUGGUUACUGCAAAUGUGGGUUCUAUUUUUGAAGAUCCCUCUGUGAUGUUAAAAAUAUGGACUGAAGAAUUUUUGUCUACAGUAUCAAGACUGGAUCCAAAAUUCAUAGCUUUACAUUGCCAGGAGGUUGGAGGGAAGAACUAUGAACGCAGUAUGAACCAUGUGGAGUAUUUUGUUAGAUUGCUCAUGUCAAGUGAAGAGCUUAGAUUAUUUGACAAAGUACGAGUGUACCUAGAUGAAGAUUAUUCUUCUGCUGAAAACUUCACUGCAUUGGGCAAUUUCUACUUUAUACAUGAAUCUCUGACAGAUGUGUUGAUAUGGGACUUCUCAGCAAUGAGUUUUGUACCUGCUAAAGGAAAGGAGGUCCACUCUGGGAAUAUUGAAGCUGUCAGCACAAAAGAGAAGUCAAAAUUUCCUCAAAACUUCUUCCCAGAGUGUAAAUGGUCUCGGAAAGGUUUCCUUCGUACAAGAUGGAGUCUCUGUGGAUCAGUAUUUGACCUCAUUAAUAUUCAUUUAUUCCAUGAUGCAUCUAAUUUCAUUGCCAUGGAAUCGUUCCCUUCAGUUUACUGCAAGAACCGUCGACGUGCUCUGGAACACACGCUGGAUAGGUUUCAUAAUGAUGACUAUGGAACAGCUCCGUUCUUUGUCUUUGGUGACUUUAACUUCAGGACAGACACACAAGGAGUUGUCAAAAAAUUAGCAGAAGGUUUGAACCCAGUUAGGCUACAGAGUAAUAAAAGUACUGAUCACACGAAACUGCAGUACCGUGAUGGGAUAAGCCAGGUAAUCCUUUCUGUGGGGAAGAAAGAAUUCAGUCAUCAAAACCACCAAACUGUGUUCAUAGAAGAAAAUGGAAAAUGGCUAAAGGAGUUUGAUCGUGAGCUUGAACCUUUUGCUGAUCGAUUGUAUGAGUUUCCCAUUACUUUCCAACCAAGUUAUCCGUUUGAAGAGGAUAGGAAAGGAGCAAAAUGUUACAUGCAGACUCGAUGUCCGUCCUGGUGUGACCGUAUCCUGCUUAGCAAGUCUGCAAAAUCUCUAGUCAGCAAUGUAGAUGAACCUGGUAGUGUUCAGUAUGGGCUAAUGGGAACAAGCACUUGCAUGGGUGACCACAAGCCAGUGUACUUGAAGGUGAGCCUGAAGUCAGAUGCAGGUAUGAUUCCUUGUGACUGCAGCAGUGAAUCUUCUCCAUGCUUUGGCCUGUCCUUGCCUGUUGAUGCACGUGUUUCACCCCCUCAGUGGCCAAAGAGUCGCAGCCAACAUGGCAGCAGAUUAGAUCCUGCUGCCCUCUCUUCCAUGCUGCUUGCUGCUCGUUGCACGACAGUUAGUCCUGUUGCUACUGGAAGUGACAGUCAUCUGUUACUGCCACCCUCAGCGCACGCUUCAUUGUUGCAUGACCCUUAUACUCCUGAGAGCAUGGAGACCCCCUCAUCCUCUCCCACUCCUUCCAUCAUAUCUCAGUUUGAAUUUCCAGAUGAGUGCGAACGAAAAAAUGAUACAGAUUUAAUGUUGUAUGAAUCAGUACCGCAGAGCACGGAAGACAAAGUAUGCAGCUGGAAUUUUGUAGUGGAUACUGUGGAGCGUCCUGACGGUCCAGAUGAAGAGGAAUGUGGAGGUGACCAAAAUGAAUGCAGUAAUGAAAUUAGGAAGAUUAUGAGACCAGACAUUCAGGAAAUUUAUGAAUAUUAUUCUGGACCCCAAAAUGAAACCUUAUUGCUCACUGAAAAAUACCCAUCUGGCGGUUAUAGGAGGAUAGCUUUUACCUCCUCUGGUAUGGAGGAUAUGCCAGUGGAAAACUUGGCUAAGGACAGGGACUCACUUUACAAUGUUUGUAUGUCUUCUGAAGAUGAAGUUAAUGAACAAGAAUUGAAUAGCUCUGAUCUAAAUAGCACCGUACAAUUUCAGGUACCUGAUAUAAUUGAAGAUAAGUGUGAGUCAUGUUCGAGCUUGAGUGAAUGUUCCGUUUCAUGUAGCAUGUCUGAAAUGGAAGUUCAGUCAAUGAAGGCUCCAGUAACAAAAAGAGGAUGUUUUUGUGCCAGUGAUGUACACAACAACAACAACAACAAUAAACUUGUUGCUCACUGUGCAGAUGCAGAACUUGCAGACACCAACCCGUUGACGUUAUAUUGUGUUGCAGAAACAGUACAGAGCAGUUCUCAGGUAAAAGGCAGUAAUAAAUCAGUUCAAAGUAUUUCAGGUUUUCCUUCAGAAGAACAAGAUUUUCCAGUGUUACAGCAAGGUGAUAAUGAUGUUGAUACUCAAGUUCUAAAACCAGAUGUCCCUGUUUUUUUAUUAGGAGCAGAUUUAAAAUCAGGUAAGCAGGUGGAAGUGUCACAGAAUGCUGCUUUAUUGUGUUCUGGAAGCUCUGCCAUUACAAAUCCUGGAGUGAUGAAUGUUCGGUCAGCAUUAAAUAUAAAGAGCCAUACUGAGAGAACUCUCCCAGAUUCCUCCCAGGAAAUGCAGUCGUGCAGUUCUCAGUGUAACAGAUCAGCAGAAACGGGUCAUUCUCUCAGAUAUGAAAUGUCAAGUCCAGGUUCUAAUUAUACAGUUACCACUGAUAUCCAAACUACAAUUGAGUGUCAAUUCAGUGAAUUUGAUUCCAGCAGUAAAACGAGGUUUCUUUUACCAACUAAAAAUUAUUUUUCGUCCUCAGAGCCAGCCAGUUCUGUUGAAAGCCGCAAACUAAACAUUUGUAAGAACUGUAGAGAACAGGCCGUAAGACAGGCUUCCAAAGGUAGGAUAUUACCGUGUAAGAGAGUAUUUGAACUAAACACACUUCUGAACAAUGCAGUUUUCAAACUGAGCGGUAAUGCUGUCACAGCACAUGAUUGUUCUGUGAAAAAUCUCUUUCGUAGUGCUUCUGCUCCUAUCAGCUUCUGCUCAACCAGAACCAGGGAGAAAAAAAUCCCUUAUCUAUUAUUUAUGUCCCAUAGCUGUGGAGAUAUAACUACUGCAUACAGUAUUCAAGAUUUGGAAGUCUACUCUAAAAAUUGUGGUGAGAAAUCUGCCUUAAAGCAGGAACCAUAUACACAACAGGGUAGUUCCAUAUCAAAUGCACAUGGUUCUGUUAUUGAAGCUCCAGUCAGAUAUAAACGAAAAAGGAAAUGUGACCGAAAAUCAUCAGACAGAAAAUGUUUUACUUGCCUUUUGUUAUGAUCUCUAUAAUCAAUUGGUUACCAAACACUUUCUCGUGGUUUUAUCAGUUCGUAUGAAUCUCUUUAUGCAGUAUAUUCUGCAAAGUGUACCACUCCUGUCAUGUACCUCAUUUUAAUUUGAACCUACUCUUUUGUUUUUGUUUUUUGUUGUAUGGUGUAAGCUUGCAAAACCAAAGCUUUGAAUUAUCUUUUAUAUGUGUAGUAGUGUGACAUGAUUUUGAAAGACAGUUCUAGAGGUGUGUAUGUGUAUACAUGUCAAUAUAAUUCUUUACCGUUAUAGCAAAAAUUUUAUGUUAAAGUUAGAAGUUGUUGUAAUAGUCAUAUUCUUAACAGUUGCUUUGUAUUUUGUUGUUUUAUGGCAUGAACUUGGUGUUUCCAUCUGUGAUCCUAGUUUUAGUAUUGUACUGCUAUGAGUGGUCAGUUAAUUUUGAAGGUGAUGACAUUAUUAAACCUCUUGGUGGAAUGUCUUUCUUUUAACAGACAUCCUCGCUGUAUGCAUCAGCUGUGACUUUAUUGAACAUGCGCGGAAGUUUUAUGUUGAUCUGUCAUUGUUGGUUAUUAUAAAAUACAGGUAUUUCUAAAUGGA